AUGCCGGGUUUGGAGUCCUCUCUCCGAGAGGUGCUGGACUCGCUGCUGUCUCCCCAUGCAAAGCCUCAGAAAGUGCAUGCAGUGGAGGCACUGGCUUCGGCAGCAGUGCCACAACUCCCCAGGGCCCAGCGCCGGGCGCUGUGGAUGGCGGCACUGCCCGCUGCCAAGCCUUUGCGGACGGCCUUCGAAGUGGACAGGGACAAUGCGCCGGCUCUGGAGGAAAUGAACAACGACGCAAAAGGCAAGGAAAAGGACCAGCCACUGCCACCAAUGUGGGAGAAUUUGGAUGGGCUUCCGGAAGUGAAAGUGACCUCUCCAGCGGUUGCAUACUUCUCAAAGGACAUUGGUGCUGGCGAAGAUGGUGAGAUGAAGCCUACUUUCGGAUGCAAAUGCGGGGCCGGUGAUUGGCGGCCAGCGAUGUCACACCCCAGCAUCACUUUCAGACAGGAGUUCGUUGACCUGCACCCAGACUUUCUUGGACGUGUGCAGAAGCUGAGAAUCAACUUGGUCAAUGACAAUACUCAGAAGACUCAGUGGGAUGCCACCUACGACUUGCUGCGCUUCCUGAAGUCUGGUGAUGUGCCCACCCUCACGGAGACCACACCCGCCAUACCCGGAAGUGGAACGCAGCUGCGAUUCCUCACCUUCUGCCCAGAGGCCGCCCAAAAUUACACCUUGAAGGUCACAGCAUUGGACUCCAACGGCGAUCCAAUCGACUACUUCGAGGAUGACGAGAUGCACUUGAAUGCCACCCCUGGACCUCCACCUCCAGCAGAAGAGAAGGAACCCGACCUUCCGAAUGUAAAGGAAGCGGAGAAGAUGGCUGAGGAGGCCUUGGUCAAGGAGCCAGGACUCGAGAGCGGCGGCCUCAAGACCGAAGAGGAGGAGCCGCCGGAGGAGGGUGACAUCACCCGGGAGAUCAUGCACGAAGAGUCGCUGGAAUGA